AUGGAGACCGUUAAGAACGCCGCCAACUACGUUGCCGAGACCGUCCAGGGCGCCGGCUCUGAGGCUUCCAAGGAGGCCAACAAGCAAGUUGCCAAGGACGGCGACGCAAGCUUGAGCUCCCGUGCCACUGCCGCCAAGGACGCAGUUGGAGACAAGGUCAACCAGACUUCCCACAACACCAAGGCUGAUGUCCACAAGGGUAUGCCUGAGAUAAUCGAGGUAAACAAAUUGAUGCCUCAGCCUGUGGAAACGCUUGCAGGUAAAGCACCGAGACAACUGCUUAGUGCCUCAAAAUGGACUCUCAAAACGAUCAUUAAUCCUUGGAAUAUGAUUGGAGGGGAUUUGAGGGAGACGAAGUGUCUAAUCAACGAAAACGGAGGAUGCCUCGUAUCGAAAGAAGGAAAUGGGAAUACAGCAAGAAAUAGCGUCGCCGGCGUGGCUGCCCAGGCCCAGGCUCAAGCCGGGAGGAAGAUUGUCGCAGCUCCAGCUCCAUUGUCGAUAAUGGAUAUCAUCGACACCACAACCAUCGUCUCUCUCUUUGCCGUCGUCGCAAUCCUUACGAGCGCCUACGUGCUGUCUCUCCGCGCCCUCGCGCCUUCAACUCCCAACCGGUUCCGUGUCCUAUUCAUCUGGCACGCUUUCGAUUUCCUCAUCCACACCAUCUUCGAAGGAUCCUUCCUCUAUAACUGUUUCUUCACUUCCUCGCCUUUUGACCCCGCUGUUCAUCACCCCGCCCUUGUUACAAACUUUCUGGGAAGAAGCGAUAGAGUGUAUGGUGCUGCAUAUGGCAAUAACUGGGCCACCAAGCUAUGGAUGGUAUACGCUCAGGCAGACAGUCGGUGGGCAAGUGCGGACCUCACGGUUAUUAGCCUCGAGCUUUUGACAGUGUUGGGGGCAGGGCCGCUUGCCGCAUGGAUAUGCUAUGGGAUUGCGAAACGGGAUUGGAAGGUUAGCUUCUGGAUGGUUGUCCUUGCUACAGGCGAGUUAUAUGGAGGUUUUAUGACAUUCGCUCCCGAGUGGUUAACGGGCAAUCAAAAUCUCGAUUCGAGCAAUUUCAUGUUCCUCUGGGUGUACUUGGUCUUCUUCAAUAUGCUCUGGGUGUUCCUCCCGCUAUAUGCGUUGUGGGUGGCAUUUGAAGACAUGAGAAAUGCAUUUAUGGUUCGGAAUGCAUCUGUUGCUAAGAGCUCGGAGAGACAGAAGAAGAAAUAA